CAAUAGAUGAAUAAUCUAUUAGCAAGUUCCUUUGUCUCUUUCCCUAUCCUUUUCAAAUUAUACAUACUUUGUGAAGUGUUUAGUGGAGAUUGUAUUAUUCUUGUGAGUGCUGCAAGUUUUCAUGUGUUUUGCGAGCUAGGUAAGAUCGAUCAGCUAAAUGGCUUACAAUCUUCAACCACUUAUCACCAUCCUUCAACAAAUCUUGAAUCCUGAACAAACUCGUUGGGUUGUUGAUCACAACCAACCACAACUCCAAUCCCUCCUCAAAAAAGCUGCUUCUCUGCAGCAGAUUCUUGAAAAAUCUUCACUCCCCAAAAACAUAGAAAGUUUGGAGAAACAAAUCAGAGAUGCAGCACAUCAAGCAGAAGAUAUCAUUGAAUCUCAGAUGGUUCAUCAAAUCCUUUCCAGCCCCGAAGGCGUGAGCUUCACUUUUUCCGCACCAGAUCUACAGCAAGUAAUGCAACAACUUGACUCUGUAAUGGAACAAGUGGUGAAGCUCGCGGAGGAGAAGACGAUGGCGAGUGGCAGUACAUCGAGCAAUACUUCUCAGUUGCAAGAUCCAAGCUGGAAGAGCAUUGUGGUGGGAGUUGAUGAAGAUCUGAUGCAGUUGAAGGAUCGGCUGACCGGGACGCAGAGCAAACUGGAGAUAGUGCCCAUCGUUGGUAUGGGUGGUAUAGGUAAAACCACUCUCGCUCGAAAACUUUAUGAAGAUCCUUCCAUUGUUGAGCACUUUAGCUAUAUUGCUUGGGUCACAAUCUCACAAGAUUACGAUAUGCGAGCAAUACUAUUAGGCCUUAUUCGUUGCAUAAUUGGAAAAGAAUGUGACCAACAUAAUGAAAAGGGAAGUGGUGAGUUAAAAGAUAUUUUGUAUAGGAGCUUGUACGGUAGAAAAUGCAUGAUUGUAUUAGAUGAUAUUUGGAGCACCGCAUUCUGGGAUGAGAUAAGGAUGUACUUCCCAGAUAACAAUAAUAGGAGUCGGAUUGUGAUCACCACCAGGGAAUCAGAUGUUGCGAAAUAUGUAGACUCGAAGAGUCUGCAGCAUCAGGUGCAGCUCCUGAACAAGUCUGAGGGUUGGAAUCUUCUUCGCCAAAUUGUGUUUGGAGAAGAGGAUUGCCCCCAUGAUUUUCAAGGGAUAGGAGAGAAGAUUGCGAGUGAUUGUGGUGGGCUUCCUCUAGCUAUCAAUGUGAUUGGAGGGCUCUUGUCUAAGGUUCAAAGAUUAAAAGAUGUUUGGGAGAAUAUUGGGAACGACGUAAGAGCUGCAAUUGCUGAAUCAGACCAGCAGUUCUCUAAUAUUUUGUCUUUAAGUUAUAACCAUUUGCCGUUGCACUUGAAACCAUGUUUCCUAUAUCUGGGAGCUUUCCCUGAAGAUUACGAGAUUAAGACUUUGAGACUCAUACAGAUGUGGGUAGCCGAAGGAUUUGUGAAAACAAAUGGAGAAAAAAGUUUGGAAGAAGAGGCAGAGGAUUAUCUAAAGUCACUCAUGCAGAGGAAUCUACUUUCGGUUAGACGUGAUAAGUAUGGAAAACCAAAGAGAUUGAGCAUCCAUGAUCUUUUGAGAGAUUUAUGCAUAAGGAAAGCCGAUGAUGAGAAGUUCCUAUGUGUCAAGAAUGCCCCUGAAGUCACAUUCUCUAACCUGCGCCGUGUGAGUUUUCACACAUCGUAUGGAAUGGAAUAUUUACAUGAUGAGCAUGCUUCAUCAGAGAUGUCACUUGCUCGAUCAUUUGUAAUCAUUGGCGAGUCCAAUCAGAUUCUAUCUCCUGUGGUUUUCACAUUAAGCUUGCUUAGGGUGUUGGAUUUAAUGGAAAUGGAAACCUCCGAGUUCCCAAGAGAAAUAUUGCAACUUGUGAACCUACGCUACUUAGCUAUUGACUGCUAUUCAUUACCGAGUAGUGGAAUAUCAAGAUUGUGUAAUUUGCAAACAUUGAUUGCUAUGCUACUCGAUUUCUCUGUCCCAUCUGACUUGUGGGAGAUGUCUGAGAUAAGACAUCUCCAGUUUAUCGGAAUCGUUAAAGAGGAUUACACGAAAAAAAUUGUUCUGAAGAAGCUGCAGACGCUAUGGUGCGUGAAGCUAAGUCCUUCAAUGAUUAGGGGGGGUUUCUUGGAAAGCAUUCCAAGUAUAAAAAGCUUGGGAUUACAUGACAAAGAAGACUCAUUUUUGAUUGAAGUGGUUGAUCUGAGCCAUCUUCACAAACUCGAAACAUUAAGAUGGUGGUCAGAAGAUGCUACAUUUCUGCGCAGACUCAAAUUUCCUUCUACUCUUAGAAAAUUAAGUCUGAUAGACUGUCUAAUAAAUCCAGGAGCCUUGACGAUUCUAUGUGCACUACCGAAUCUGGAAGUGCUCAAGAUAAACUUUUGUACCUUCAAAAGCGAGGAGACAAAUGACGAGUGGGAAAUAGCAGAAGAAGAUGAAUUCAGCUCAUUGCAGUUUCUACAACUCUACUGUUUACAAUUGGUGCGUUGGAGAGCUGAUGAAACCAACUUCCCUAGACUUCGGCAUCUCAUUAUACGACGUUGUUAUUAUCUAGAGGAAAUCCCCGCCGGCAUUGGAGAAAUCCCAACCCUCCAGUUAAUCCACUUAGAAGAUUGCAGCGCAUCCGCUGUCGCCUCAGCAAAACAGAUUCAGGAGGAGCAGCAAUCUGAAUAUGGAAACUACGACCUCCAACUUCGUAUCUCAUAAUAGAUAUUCUACCCAGAGUGGAACGACCAAAGUGGUGUGUGGCUCGCUGGGAGUAUGGCCAUCCUUCUAUUGAGGACAUUGUUUAAACUCAAUUUGUUUUCUCCUUUCGUACCGUGUUGCUUGACUAUCUAUGACGAUUGACGAAUACUCCUUUUCUCCUUUAGUGUAAUUUCAAACUGAGUUUUUGCCAUAGGUGUUUUGAUGAGGCUCGACCUUGAGUCUUCGGUUUGUGUUGUUCAAAGGUUUUGGUUGGUUUAUUCUCUGUCAUUUUUGUAAUAUCAUCAUUUCUAAUUCUAGUACUUAGCUAGAGAUGUUAACUUGCAGCAUGUAUUACUAUAGUCAUGAACUUAAAUAUACUUAAUUUUCUGAA